AUGAAUCCUACUCCCCGUAUAGGCGGCACCUGCGCAGCUCCCGACUGUUAUAAUACUGUCUUAUUCAGCUCAACGACAUUCUGCACACAACAUCAACUAGCUGCACAGGCGACUUUAACUGAUAAAGGACACCAUGCAGCAAGUCGAUUGGAGAAAUCUCGACCAUCAGGCAGGGUUUUGGCCGCGAGAAGGGGCCGCCAACCCUGGAGCGCUGUUUCGCGGAACCCAGUCAGACGCCAAGAACCUCCUCGCGAAUCUUCUCGUAAAUCCCCCAGUACCAGAGGCGAUACCCAAGCUAGACAGCCAAACGUUACGCGAUCGGAGAAUAUAGAGACCUCUACACAGUUGUCGCCAGGGCGUUCAGAUGACAAACGGGAGAAGGAUCACUCAACCCGAGGGCGGAAGGUGGACAAUGCAGACAAUAACCGGUUGAGUGAAAAGAGUAUCCUGAAAGACCGGUCCACAAUCGAAAGUUCAGCAAGGACUGCGAAGAAAGCCGCCCCUACUAUAAUAAUUUUGUCGGAUCCCUCGAGUUCACCAGCACUCCCCAGCCCUACAAUAGAAAAAACAGCCAACACACCACGCGAACAUGCUGUCGCUGAAAAGGCAAGGCUGUCGGCAACAUAUAUGGAACCGCGUGUUCAGUCUCCACGGAAACCAAAGCUGGAUACGAAGAGUAGUGGGCAUGUCCCCUUGUCACCCUAUUCUGAAAUUUCAAUUCCAAUUCCGACAGAAAAGGAGUCACUGGAGCAUCUACUGAAAAAGUUGAAACCUGCAAUCGCUAGUGAGCUAAAGCGUUCGCUGGAGCUCAGCUCGCCAACAAAAAAAUUGUCCCAAGUCUCCACGAGGACAAGCAGGCCACGAGAAGUGACCUCAGGAUCAAAACAUCUGGAGAAGGCACUGCCAAAGAAGGCAUCGUCUAGAAAGGCCACACCAGAAAAGGAACGCCCUUCACCAGAUAUGCUACUGCCUAAAAUGCACGCCAAAAUUGACAAUGAAGUAAACAUGGCUGGUACAAGUGAUGUUUCGGAUGGAGCAGUGGCUCAGUCGAUACAAGAAGCAUUGUCGUCAUUGAGGACCAAACGAGGUAUGGAUAGGAAGAACUCGCUGGCCACUUUUGACUCAGUCGCAUUUGACUCGAUCAUCUACCGACAAUCUCGCUUGCGUCCACCUCCUGGCGUCAGCUUGUCUACUCGCAUUGUCAAGGGCGGUUCAAUGUCACGUAAUGGUGACUACGUCUAUCUCCCCGUGAACCCAGCAAUCCACGGAAUGCACAAGAGGUCUCAGCGUUGGUAUAAGGAGAAAUCCGAAGAGAUCAAAAGAUGUCCCAGUCGAAAGGCCUGGUUCGGUAAAGUCGAGGCAAGGCAACGUUGGUUACGUGCUGAGGAAGAAAAGUUGGAAAGAAGCCGCCAACAAGCUCAGCAUGACGGAACCAUGCCUCCUUUCGAACCGCCCAAACCACGAUCUGUCAGGCAGAUCCUUGACUUUGGAGAUGUGCCCGAAGACGAGCUACCCGAGCAUGUUCGUAGUAACCCCGCAUGGUUAAAAACCUGCGCUUGGUUCCGAAUGUGCGAGGAACAAGUGGCUCAAUACCAGCGUAAAAUUGAUAAAUCUAAAGAGGAAGCUGAGCUCUUUAAGAACAAUUGCAACGCAGGUUAA